AAUGAUAUUUCGUUUUUUCAUAUUGGCUAUCCUCAAGAUUCGAAUACAUAGAGUGGCGUGGCCAUCUUUCCGGUUUUGAUCGCUCUUUCAGUACGGCAAGAUGGCUGAUCAGACCGAGCGUGCGUUUCAAAAACAACCCACGAUCUUUCUUAACCGUAAGAAAGGUCUGGGUCCCAAGAGGAGGAAGCCUAUGAGAUACAGCCGCAAUGUCGGUCUUGGAUUCAAAACACCUCGCGAAGCUCUCGAAGGAACUUACAUUGACAAGAAAUGUCCCUUUACUGGUAAUAUUUCCAUCAGAGGCCGUAUUCUCACUGGUGUUGUGCAAAAAAUGAAAAUGCAGCGGACCAUCGUCAUACGUAGGGAUUAUCUACAUUACAUCAGAAAGUAUAAUCGCUUUGAGAAACGUCAUCGUAACAUGAGUGUCCAUCUAAGUCCUUGCUUCAGGGAUGUGGAGAUCGGUGAUGUAGUCACUAUAGGAGAAUGUAGACCACUCAGUAAAACAGUGAGAUUUAAUGUUUUGAAGGUCUCCAAAGGUACAGGAUCAAAAAAGAGCUUUAAAAAGUUCUAAGUUUAUAAAAACUUAACCUAUGGAGAAUUUGGUUUUGUAAAUUGGAAAAGAAAGGCAUGAAACAUCAGGUUGACAGAAGUUAUAAGAAAUAUGAAUUACCAUCUUCAUUUGUAACUUAUGAAAUUUAAAAAUAAAUAAAUAAAAAAUAUUUGUACUCAAAA